UAAUCUAAUGCAUGCACGCUUUUCUUCAAAAAAAAAAAAAAAAAAAAAAAAAAAAAAAGAUAUAUACGGCAAAAUUGCCAAGGCAAUAAUAAUCGGAUGGUUGUCAAAUUCAUUAAAAAGAAUAUCUUCCUCAUUAAAUUUGUAGCAAAAGAUGAACUAUACUCUUUCACUAUUGUAUACAACAUUUUGUUUGUGUGGCUAACCAUUAAUAUCAUUGAUUGUUUGUAGUUGUAAAGAUAUUCUGCAUAGAUCUCAAUUGCUUCAUCACCAUAUUCUCUUGUUAUAAGCAAAGUACCGGGAGUUGAAAAAGGGUUUAGGGUUUCUAAGUUCUCCUUAGCAAGCCAUGGAAGGAAAUUCAGUGAAUCACGAGAAUGAUAAUGAAGAAGAAUAUGUGUUACUCGACCUUGAUUCUGUUUCCGGGCAGCUGGACAUCCCACCUGAUGCGCCAUACGUUCUCUCUGGUUUGGAUACGAUGAAUCCCAUGUUAACCAUAGGUGGAUUGAAGUUGAUUGGAGAAUAUGAAGAAACAGUAGGCACAUGCCUUAUUUUCACUGAAAAAGAUGCCGAACCUUUGGUUCAUGAAGAAACAGGACCAUCAGAGGAAAACCUUUUCUCAGGCAAAUGCAUUAUAGAUCCAAGUGAACCUCAGACGAAACAGGUAAAGGCAAGGCUGUUGCUGAUGGACCGUGAGCGAGCAUAUGAGAUUGUACAUGUCGGGGCGGUUAGGCCUGGAGCGUACGAUCCUCGGGACAGCAGGGCUGAGAUUUUUGUAACUGUCGUUAGACGACUUUCAUUUUGAUGUAAAAGUUAAACUGUUAAAACGUUUGUAAAUAUUUUUAUAAUUCGGGAUCCCGAGACUUUUUGCAAAAUGGUUUAUAAGUUUAAUGAAAAAGCAAAAUUUUAAUU